AUGGCCAUGCACCCAGAUGGGCACCUAAUCGUGUGUGAUGCUGCCAAGGGCCUGCUAUCUGCCGACCCGGCCAGCGGGGAGGUGUCGCUGCUGGCCAGUCGGUUGCCCAAUGCGAGUCUGACGCCAGCAGAGGCAGACAUUGGGGCACCUCAGGGGCGGCUGCUGGUGUAUGACCCACGUACCCACUACACCCAGCAGCUGGCAGACGGCAUCUGGUUUGCGAAAGGGGUGGCGUUGUCUGACAAUGAGUCGUAUGUUCUGGUGGCGGAGACGUUUGGGUGCAGGGUGCUCCGGCACUGGCUGCAGGGCCCCGCGGCGGGUACCACAGAGGUAUUUGUUGAUGGCCUGCCCGGUUUCCCAGAUGGCAUCUCGCGUGCACCAGGGGGCGACAGCUACUGGCUGACCAUUAUCUCUACCCCCAGCCCGCUGGCCAAGGCGCUGCCAAGCUCACAGCUGCUGCGUUGGCUGGUGGCCUGGCUGCCGAAAGCUUUGAACCCAAAGCCCACCCACGUGUCUUCUGACGGACGUAUCCUGCGCAGCCUGCAUGACCCCACUGGCGGCCGUUGCCACACCUCUGCGGCGCAAGUCGGUGGCACGCUGUACAUGGGCAGCCUGGCUUCCAGCCACGUAUGCGCUCUGGACCUGGCGGCCGCCAUCUGA